UGACUAAGCUUACUCUGAUGCCUGCGUUCUAGGUUGAAGGUGGCAGUAAUGCUAACGCUGGCAAGCAAACUGAAGCGGGAUGAUGGUGUCAAAGGGCCCCGUGCAUCCAACCCAGCUUCUGAUUCGACGCGGAGAGUGUCUAUUAGAGAUAAAUUGCUUGUUAAAGAGGUUGCAGAACUUGAAGCUAAUUUACCUUUGCUCUUUUACGUGAAGAGGAAUAUUUGCAGUUACUCUAUCAAGACUGUGAAAAUUACAAGUACGUGUAAAGUGAAUUUUCCAGAUCCAAACAAGCUCCAUUACUUUCAGCUAACUGUAAACCCAGAUGAGGGUUAUUACCAAGGAGGAAAAUUUCAGUUUGAAAUUGAAGUUCCUGAUGCCUAUAACAUGGUGCCUCCAAAGGUAAAAUGUUUGACUAGAAUCUGGCAUCCGAACAUCACAGAGACGGGUGAAAUCUGUUUAAGUUUAUUGAGGGAACAUUCAAUUGAUGGCACUGGAUGGGCUCCCACUAGAACAUUAAAGGAUGUUGUUUGGGGAUUGAACUCUUUAUUUACAGAUCUCUUGAAUUUUGAUGAUCCUUUGAAUAUUGAGGCUGCAGAACAUCAUUUGCGGGACAAGGAUGACUUUCGGAAUAAAGUUGAAGAUUACAUUAAGCGGUAUGCAAGAUGAUGAAAGGAAACUGAUGGCAGGACCAUGGAUUUCAUACUAUAGAGUUGUCUUUAUAAUUUAUAAAACAACAGCAAAACCCCAGAUUGUACUAGUCCUGUGUCCAUGUUGUACUGAAGAAGAAAACUAACUAUAUAAUUGUCCACGAUAAGUGGACAGUUCAACAUAAAUACAGCAAGAAAUUCUCUGUUGGUUAAAAAAAGUUGUUUGCUUACCUUUCAAAUGUUUGCUCUUCUGAAACUGUACUGUAUAUCUUGUUGAUGAAAUAUGCUUGAGAGUUACAAGAAAUCACUAUGGAAGUUGUACGACACUUUUCUUCCUGCUUAGUAAAAAUAGUUGUGUUCCAGAAACACAUGUUAGCAAUAAAGUAGUCCCCCUCUGAACCAAAUCACAGUACUAUUGCCUUUGAUGGAGAGAAAUAAUAUCCCCUUCCCCCUGGAAUAUUAGAGCUUGUCAGAAUUCAUAAAAUCAGCUCUAUCUAAUGCUGAAAUUCUAAUGAUCUAUUUAAGUACAUUUUGGAACAAAUAUGUGACUUGUACAUUGCUACUUUUAGUUUCUAUUUUUUAUGCACAGUGGUUGAGAAACAUAGGCUAAUCCCUAAGCAAAAAGUCUAAAUGUAUAGUAUUAGAAAAAAAAAUUAUAUAUUCUGAGCAAAUGCACUGAAAGGCUGACUUUUGAAAACAGGCCUUUCAGAGUCAGAUGUGGAGAGGAAAUUUUGAAAACUUAAGUUAAAUUGGUGACAAUGGAGUUUGGAUUAAUUUUCUGGGGAAUGACCCAGCUGUGUCUUGUAACCUUCUGUCCUUUGACAGCCACAUACUGAUACAAUAGUGCGUAUAACAGCUAAUACACACUGCACCACUGGUCUGUUCUGCGUAUGAGCCUAGGUUUUAUUUAUUUUUAAGUUGGGGGUGGGAGGGUUAUGCUACAGCCACCCUUCUAAUAAGUAACUGUGUAUCAAAGAAGAGUGAGGACAUGUGAAAGCAGAGAGCCUCCUGCAGAGCAUCUGCUCAAAACUAAGGGGAUGAAGCAUUUGGAAUGAGGGCUGUGAAAAGUGUUGUGUAUUGUCUGCUAGUGCUCCCUUAUUACUCACCUCUGCCGAUCAGAGCGAUGCUCCGGGGCUGUUUGGCCCAGGGAUAUACGAAUGGCCAGAGCCGUAGACAGUGGCAUGCUUUGUAGGGUGGGAUCGUUGAGUGGAAAUGGGUUCAAUUCCAGGUUUACAAAUAGAUGAAGCAGCAAAAUAAAUGUUUGUGGUUUCAUCCAUA